AUGACCAAGACGGUAAACUUUGUCAAAAACGACCGAACUGUGGAGGAAGUAAAGGAGAAUGAUUUCAGAGUAAAUGCUAUCUACUUUGCUACCCAGCAUGAUGAAGAAAAUCCGCCUUAUGAAAUCUCCCUGAAGGUUGGAGGAAAAUCUGUCACAUUUGAACUGGACACAGGGGCCGGAGUGACUUUGAUUAGUGAAAAAUCGUUGGAACCACUGCCUCCAAUGUCUUCAACGAAUACAUUAAUACGUGACUACUCUGGAAAAAGACUUAAUCUUCGUGGAAAAUUCAUUGCGAAAGUGGAGUAUGAAGGAAAGCUCUAUGAUCUGAUGGUCUAUGUUGUAAAAGGUAACCAUCAAAAUCUCUUGGGAAGGAAUUGGAUUAACCAACUCACCAGGAUUGAUUGUCCGGGGAAACAUGCAAGUGGCCGAUUGAUUAUUUAUAAUAUCAUUGGAACUAUUAUUUGGCAGGCUCGUGAAGAACUCACCUCGCUGACCUACUCCCGACCACCUUUUCUACCCCCACGACCUGCCACGGUCAGUCAGAGUUUGGAGCACUUGCCGAGCCAACAGACAGCCCUGGGUCAAAGGUCAAGGAUAUCCGGUUCAUUGAUGCCUUAUCCAAUCACCUCCACCCUCUCCCUUCAUUCUGGAUAUGCUGCUCCUCUUCAACAAACCGGUCCACAUGUUGUACCCUCGUUAGCUUCGAAUUACUAUAUUCAACAACGAUUAAUCCAGCAAGGCCAACAACCCACAGUUUACCCGUGGCCAGGUGAAGGACCAAGUAUAGGGGGAUCUUUCGCAGGUCAUAACGGACGUCUCUUUAACGGUUUCAGCUAUCCAGGCCACUUGAAUUUGACUGGAGGAGGAGAUGAGCCAAGUCGACAAGGAGGUGACCUUGGAGGAGGUCAAAUGAAGGCUAAUCCAUCGGCUGCCACUCAAUCCAGACAUCAUGCUUUUGGCGAAUACAGCGGAGUGCAACAGUCAGGAGAUGGGAUGGGAGGAUAUGGAGGUGGAGUUCUCCAAUCGGAAUCUGCGCCAAUGAUUGCCCCGACAUCUUUUCGAAGACCUUCAUUUCCUCAUGUCCAGCAACCUCCAUUUUGGGCUGGAGUGUUUUCUAUGAAUACUUACGCGAAUCCCUACGCAAACUACCCUUAUACUCCAUCCAACUCUGCUACACCUCUAUACUGCUGUCCACCUUAUGGAUAUCGUGGUUAUAACCCCAUGCCCUAUUACGAUACUAACACUGCGUCCGCUCCAGGAUUUAGCCAAUCAGUUCCUUGUGCACCUGUCUCCAUGCCAAUUCUCAACGCAGGUGAUGAAUUCUACAUGACCGGUGGAGGAGAAACCGAAGAGCUGCCAGGUCCCAAUGGUUACUAUCAACCAUCCUGGUACCCCUACUACGACCCCUAUUGGCAAUGGAUCCGAGCCGCCACUGGGUCAAGUGCCGGUCUCGAACCCAGGUCGUUUGACGGGUGGCCGCCUAGUGUUGUUCCUCCAACACCCCCUCACCCUCAUUUACCUCCUCCUCCACCCCCUCCUUCUACCCAAAUUCCAAUGCCACCCUCAACAAAUGCUCCUUUAAGUGCACUGCUUUCGCCUUAUGCUGGACCAACGAGAAGGCGGAUUCAGCAGCAGAAGUUGGCUGCAGCGAGACAGCUGCAGAGGCAACAACAACAGCUACAACAGCAUCAUCGUCAUGGUCAAGGUCAUGGGGGUGCAGGAAGGCAGGUGCUUCGUGGGAUUUCGCUUCAGGAUUUACCGAGUAGGACUAGAUCAGAUAGUGAAGGUGUGGGUCACACAUUGGAGUACUCAGCCUCGCGUCCUUCUUUGGUUCAAAUGACAGGAGCAACGUCUUCAAUCACUUUUCAACCGUCCGAUACACAGGGACACGGUCACACUGGAAGUGGAGGUGAGGGCGGUGAGGAUCAACAACCACCCGGCAUUUUCACAUCCCCUCCUCCACCAAAUCUCAUAUCCAAUCAGUCAGCCACAUCGGCGGAACAACUCCAGCUGGCUUAUCAGCAACAGAUCCGAAUGCACCGUCGCAUUUGGGAAGAGUGGAUGUGGCGAGCGAGUGCUGCGGCUGCCUACCCCCCACCUCCUCCUCCACCACCUCCAUUGCUUCCUCAAAGAGGUAUAACGACUGUUGUAGCCAGUGGCGUACCCCAGCAGCAACGGCAACGUCAACAAGAUCAUCACCCACAACAACAACAACAACAAGGCGUUCGUGCAACUUCCUCGGCAUUUCCUUCACCGGGUCUUGGUGAAAGUGGUGGUGGUGGUACAGCGGCCUCACUCAAAAGAAUGCCCCCGCCUCCACCCCCCAGCUACGCACAAUACAUGGCAUCGGGAACCUCUCCACAAUCUGCAGUACAACAGCCUCAGCAGCACCUCACCCCAGACAUUCGAGAUCCCAGCGGACCUGACGGAUCCAGUUCAGUGGGCUACAUGGGUCUCGAUUUUCAUGGAGUUGCUCCAUUUUCUGCUUCUCCUGGAGUGCUCACGGAGGGUCCACAGGUACCAUGUUCCACAGAGGAACCUUUCCAACGCCAUCAUGAACAUUUAGGAUCUUACAGUGGUCUGCACCGAGGGCAACAUCCUGGUUCUGUGGAUCGACUCAACACAAUGUCCCGAAUUGGGCGAACCUCUGUUCCAGGCUAUAUAACCAACAGUCAUCUUUAUGCUAACAUGACCAUCGUCGAUGGUAAGCUAGUUCCCCUCAUGGGUCGACCGGCACCAGCUCUACCCGAACCAUCCCCCCGUUCAGUUAUUAAAGUUCCUCCGGGAAGCGAUGACACAAGGCUAACAGGCCAACGCGCAACCACUGCCUUGACCCGUCAAUCUCGUCCCUUAACCCGCUACCACUCUUCACAGACUGUGUGGCUCAGUGGGACAAUUUGUGAGCCCUCAGAAACGUCUCGCCAACAGGCGGCUCCACCCGAAAGUGUUUCCCCUCCUCAAUAUGCUCCUACAAAAGUAGAAAUCCCGAAGAGUGUCGGCUUCUGGGAGCAGUAA